GGGAGGAGACAGGAGAAAGCUGGUUGGUUGCAAUUGUCAAUGAAAAAUCCGACGACGGUGUAAGAGAGAGGAAGGAGAAACAUGGGUUGGCUUCCUUGUUCUGGGAAGGGUAAAGCUAAAUCGAAGAAGAAGAUGAAGCAGACGACACUUGAUCAGGUGAAGCCCAAGGAACUGAUGAAAGUUUCCUCCUUGAGUGAGAAAGAGGAAUCUAAAAAGGAAGGGUCUGGACACAUUGCGGUGAAGACUUUUGCAUUUCGUGAGUUGGCAAAUGCCACUAAAAAUUUUAGGGGUGAAUGUCUUCUUGGGGAAGGAGGAUUUGGUAGAGUGUAUAAAGGCCGUCUUGAAAGCACUGAUAAGGUUGUAGCAAUUAAGCAACUUGAUCGUAAUGGGUUGCAAGGGAACAGGGAAUUUCUUGUUGAAGUGUUAAUGUUAAGUCUACUUCACCACCCUAACCUUGUUAACCUAAUUGGGUAUUGUGCUGAUGGAGAUCAAAGGCUUUUGGUUUAUGAAUAUAUGCCCUUGGGGUCUUUGGAAGAUCAUUUACAUGAAAUUUCACUGGGUAAGAAACCGCUUGACUGGAAUACAAGAAUGAAAAUAGCUGCGGGGGCAGCAAAAGGAUUAGAGUAUUUGCAUGAUAAAGCCAAUCCCCCUGUUAUAUAUCGAGAUUUAAAAUGCUCCAACAUAUUGCUUGGUGAAGGGUAUUAUCCUAAGUUAUCUGAUUUUGGGUUAGCCAAACUUGGUCCUGUUGGGGAUAAUACCCAUGUAUCUACAAGGGUCAUGGGAACGUAUGGUUACUGUGCUCCAGAAUAUGCAAUGACGGGUCAACUAACUCUAAAAUCGGAUGUUUAUAGCUUUGGGGUGGUUCUUCUGGAAAUCAUUACUGGCAGGAGAGCCAUUGACACCUCAAAGGCUGCCGGAGAGCAGUAUCUAGUAGCAUGGGCAAGACCAUUAUUUAAAGACAGAAGAAAAUUCUCACAGAUGGCUGAUCCCAUACUCCAAGGUCAGUAUCCUCCAAGGGGGUUGUACCAAGCUCUUACAGUGGCAGAAAUGUGUCUGCAGGAUCAGCCAAAUUUGCGACCAGUCAUUGCCGAUGUGGUAACAGCUCUGAGUUACCUUUCUUCACAAAAAUAUGAACCCGAUACGCAGUAAGUCCAAAGCUCCCACCUGGCUCCUGGGCAGAAGUGACAGUGGAUCUGAAACAAAUUAAAGCAGAACGUUAAUUUGAUCCUGUUUAUUGCUACCCUUGCAACCAGGAAUAUCCGCUGUUACUGAUUGGGGAGUGAGUUUUGUAGCGUAAAUGUAAAGAAAUUUCAGUGAUUCAGCAUUAUGUUCAUGGAUGCUUUCAAUUUUUGCUGGAAUAACAGCAGCAAUUGUAUGAUUAUAUGCUUAUUGUUUGAAACUAUAUAACCUGCUUUCCCCAGUGUAUAUUAGAUUUUAUUUGUCAUCACAUAUUCAAAUAAUUUGAUGCCUUCUCC